AUGAAUACACAGAGAGCACUGGUGGCCCAAAUUACAAGGGCACGCAGUUUUGAAAUACCAGAUUACUUUCUGGCCGCAAUCUGGGCAAUGAUGCCCAUCGCAUGCACAAGAGCCAACAAGGCAUUACAGAACAACACGCAACUGCUUGGUCUGGUUGAGCCUCCAGUUUGGACAGAUGAGGAAAAAGCAUUCCUGGUGCUCUGGAUCUCAAGAGAGAGGAGGAUUUUGGAGAUGGUGUUGACACAUUUGGAGGUUUCACUGGGCUUGAUGAACAGGGAGAAGGAGGAAGAGGAAGAGGAAGAGGAAGAGGAAGAGGAAGAGGAAGAGGAAGAGGAAGAGGAAGAGGAAGAGGAAGAGGAAGAGGAAGAGGAAGAGGAAGAGGAAGAGGAAGAGGAAGAGGAAGAGGAAGAGGAAGAGGAAGAGGGUGACAAGGGGGAGACAAGAAGGUGA